AUGGCACGGAGUACUGCCCAGAAGAGGCUUUUGAAGGAAUACCAGCAGUUGUCCCGCGACCCGCCUCCAGGAAUUGUCGCUGGGCCGGUGACGGAAACCGAUUUGUUUGUGUGGGAGUGUCUCUUGGAGGGCCCUACCGAGACUCCGUACGAGAACGGAGUGUUUCCCGCCACGUUGAAGUUCCCCAAGGACUACCCGUUGAGUCCCCCCACCCUCAAGUUCGAGCCACCAUUGUUACAUCCCAACGUGUAUGCUGACGGCACUGUUUGUAUCUCCAUCCUCCACCCUCCAGGCGAGGACCCCAACCAGUACGAGCGGCCAGAGGAACGGUGGUCGCCGGUGCAGAGCAUCGAGAAGAUCUUGUUGAGCGUGGUGUCGAUGUUAGCGGAGCCCAACCCCGAGAGCGGGGCCAAUAUCGACGCCUGCAAGUUGUGGCGAGACGACCGGGUGGAGUACGACCGCCAGAUCAGACAGCAUGUGCGGGAGUCGUUGGGGUUAUAA